GUUCAGUGGUAGAGGGAAACCUUAGCAUGCCUGAAACCCUGGGUUCAACCUCUGCAACAGCAGUGUCCUCCAGUUUUCAAAAAAAGACUUACAGCAAAAUGAAUAAUCCAGCUAUCAAGAGAAUAGGAAAUCACAUUAUCAAAUCUCCUGAAGACAAGCGGGAAUACCGUGGACUAGAGCUGGUGAAUGGUAUCAAAGUACUUCUCAUCAGUGACCCCACCACGGAUAAGUCAUCAGCAGCACUUGAUGUACACAUAGGUUCAUUGUCAGAUCCUCCAAAUAUUGCUGGUUUAAGUCAUUUUUGUGAACAUAUGCUUUUUUUGGGAACAAAGAAAUACCCUAAAGAAAAUGAGUACAGCCAGUUUCUUAGUGAACAUGCAGGAAGUUCAAAUGCCUUCACUAGUGGAGAGCACACCAAUUACUAUUUUGAUGUUUCUCAUGAACACCUAGAAGGUGCCCUAGACAGGUUUGCGCAGUUUUUCCUGUGCCCCUUGUUUGAUGAGAGUUGCAAAGACAGAGAAGUGAAUGCAGUGGAUUCAGAACAUGAAAAGAAUGUGAUGAAUGAUGCCUGGAGACUCUUUCAGUUGGAGAAAGCUACAGGGAAUCCCAAGCACCCUUUCAGCAAAUUUGGGACAGGUAACAAAUAUACUCUAGAGACUCGACCCAACCAAGAAGGCAUUGAUGUAAGACAAGAGCUACUGAAAUUCCAUUCUACUUAUUAUUCAUCCAACUUAAUGGCUAUUUGUGUUUUAGGUCGAGAAUCUUUAGAUGACUUAACUAAUCUGGUAGUAAAGUUAUUUUCUGAAGUAGAGAAUAAAGAUGUCCCAUUGCCAGAAUUUCCUGAGCACCCAUUUCAAGAAGAACAUCUUAAACAACUUUAUAAAGUAGUGCCCAUUAAGGAUAUUAGGAAUCUUUAUGUGACAUUUCCCAUACCUGACCUUCAGAAGUAUUACAAGUCAAAUCCUGGUCAUUAUCUUGGUCAUCUGAUUGGGCAUGAAGGUCCUGGAAGUCUGUUAUCAGAACUUAAAUCAAAGGGCUGGGUAAAUACCCUGGUUGGUGGACAAAAAGAAGGAGCCAGAGGUUUUAUGUUUUUUAUCAUUAAUGUGGACUUAACUGAGGAAGGAUUACUACAUGUUGAAGAUAUAAUUUUGCACAUGUUUCAAUACAUUCAGAAGUUGCGUGCAGAAGGACCUCAAGAAUGGGUUUUCCAAGAGUGCAAGGACUUGAAUGCAGUUGCUUUUAGGUUUAAAGAUAAAGAGAGGCCACGGGGCUAUACAUCUAAGAUUGCAGGAAUGCUGCAUUAUUAUCCCCUAGAAGAAGUACUCACAGCUGAAUAUUUACUGGAAGAAUUUAGACCUGACUUAAUAGAGAUGGUUCUUGAUAAGCUCAGACCAGAAAAUGUCCGGGUUGCAAUUGUUUCCAAAUCUUUUGAAGGGAAAACUGAUCGCACAGAAGAGUGGUAUGGAACCCAAUACAAACAAGAAGCUAUUUCAGAUGAAGUCAUUAAGAAAUGGCAAAAUGCUGACUUAAAUGGGAAAUUUAAACUUCCAACAAAGAAUGAAUUUAUUCCCACGAAUUUUGAGAUUGUAGCAUUAGAAAAAGAAGCCACACCAUACCCUGCUCUUAUUAAGGAUACAGCCAUGAGCAAACUGUGGUUCAAACAAGAUGAUAAGUUUUUUUUGCCAAAGGCUUGUCUCAACUUUGAAUUUUUCAGUCGCUACAUUUAUGCUGAUCCUCUCCAUUGCAACAUGACAUACCUGUUUAUCAGGUUAUUGAAGGAUGAUUUAAAAGAGUAUACAUAUGCAGCACGCCUCUCAGGUUUGAGCUAUGACAUUGCAUCAGGAAUGAAUGCAAUACUUCUCUCUGUGAAAGGUUACAAUGACAAGCAGCCAAUUUUGCUAAAGAAGAUUACUGAGAAAAUGGCUACUUUUGAGAUCGAUAAAAAAAGAUUUGAAAUUAUCAAAGAAGCAUAUAUGCGGUCUCUUAACAAUUUCCGGGCUGAACAGCCUCACCAGCACGCCAUGUACUACCUCCGCUUGCUGAUGACCGAAGUGGCCUGGACUAAAGACGAGUUAAAGGAUGCCCUAGAUGAUGUCACCCUUCUUCGCCUUAAGGCCUUCAUACCUCAGCUCCUGUCGCGGCUGCACAUUGAAGCCCUCGUUCAUGGAAACAUAACAAAGCAGGCUGCAUUAGGAAUUAUGCAGAUGGUUGAAGAUACCCUUAUUGAACAUGCUCAUACAAAACCUCUCCUUCCAAGUCAGCUAGUUCGGUAUAGAGAAGUUCAGCUACCUGACAGAGGAUGGUUUGUGUAUCAGCAGAGGAAUGAAGUUCACAAUAAUUGUGGUAUCGAGAUAUACUACCAAACAGACAUGCAGAGCACCUCAGAGAACAUGUUUCUGGAACUCUUCUGUCAGAUUAUCUCUGAACCUUGUUUCAACACCCUGCGCACCAAGGAGCAGCUGGGCUACAUUGUCUUCAGUGGGCCACGUCGAGCCAAUGGCAUACAGGGCUUGCGAUUCAUCAUCCAGUCAGAAAAGCCUCCUCACUACCUGGAAAGCAGGGUGGAAGCUUUUUUGAUUACCAUGGAAAAGUCCAUAGAAGACAUGACAGAAGAGGCCUUCCAAAAACAUAUUCAGGCAUUAGCAAUUCGUCGACUAGACAAACCAAAGAAGCUGUCUGCAGAGUGUGCUAAAUACUGGGGGGAGAUCAUCUCUCAGCAGUACAAUUUUGACAGAGAUAAUUUAGAAGUUGCGUAUUUAAAGACACUUACCAAGGAAGAUAUCAUCAAAUUCUACAAGGAAAUGUUGGCAGUAGAUGCCCCCAAGAGACAUAAGGUGUCCGUCCAUGUUCUUGCCAGGGAAAUGGAUUCUUGUCCCGUUGUUGGAGAGUUCCCGUGUCAAAAUGAUGUAAAUUUGUCACAAGCACCACCCUUGCCACAACCUGAAGUGAUUCAGAACAUGACCGAAUUCAAGCGUGGCUUGCCACUAUUUCCCCUCGUGAAACCACACAUUAACUUCAUGGCUGCAAAACUCUGAAGAUUCCCUGUGGAUGGGGAAGUGUGCGUGGAUCUAUUCCUCAGUCUUCCAGGCCUAUGGAAACAAUCUUGGCCACUAGAGUAGUUUCUGGUUUACUAAUAGAGAGACGACAAAAAAAAAAAAAACAAAAAAAAAAGUUAUCAAAUGUUAUUAUGUAGAAAUGUUAAAAAUCCAAAAUAAAUUACAAAAUCUUAUAGAUGUAGAAUAUUUUUAAAAUACAUGCCUCUUAAAAUAUUUUAAAAUUUUUUCUUUUCAUUUUUAAGAGAAAUUUCCCUUAUAUAACUGGUUAAAAUGAUGAACGAUAUUCUUAGAUCUUCCCUAUUCUGUAAAAUAGUCAUUUGUCCGAAGAAGAAAAGAGUUAGCUUUUUUUAAAAAAGCACCCUAGGUUGGCGGAGAAGGCUUAAAGAAUAUUUAGAAAGGUGUUAAUUGCCUAUUUAAAACUUGAUCCUCAAAUUUGCUUUCUACUUCAUGGUUUCAUAUAAAUCAGUGGAAAACAUUACAUUUGGCAGAUAAUGCACAAAGCAAUGUCAUUUCUUUUAUUAGUGAAAUUACUGUUAUAAAAGGCAUGGUUUUAAUCUUUUAUAAAAUAUGAACAUGUUUUUUAUUCCAACUAGUAAAAUGCUGGAAAACCCUAGAACACUCUACUUAGUUACAGUGCUAGAAAUACAGAUUUACCUUACAUCAAUUUUGUCCCAAACAGAAUUUCUCAGGAUUACUGUGGUUUCUUUCUGAUUGAAGUAUAUUGACAUUCUUAUUGUUCAUAGUUGAUUUGCAGUGUUUUAUCAGUUUUACUUUUUCUCAUCAACAUAUUGCUGUAUGUACUUAAUAAGGACAAAUUAUGUCAACUUCAGAUCCUACUGAGUGUGUGACAUGCUUUUCCAACAUCAGCUGUUGUAACUACCCAUAACUUUUAACUGUGGUGAAAUUGCAAUUAAUAUUUUACCCCUUCAUGAAUUUAAAAUGCAACAAAUGCAAAGUCACCUUUUUGGAGACAAAAAAAUAAAGCUUACAUUUUUAAAUAGUAAGUCUCCAUAAAACUCUAAAAUCCCUUGUUGUUACCAGUCUAAUCUUGCCUUGUGUUAUUUUUUUAAUGUAUAAACAUAUAAAGACACAGGUGAUUGACUGGGGUGGACUUUAAAAAAUUUUUUUUUCAUGAGGUACUAUUUCAGGUGAAAUUGUUACUGUAGAUUAAACAUAUAUUUUAAAAUAUCAUUAAAACUUGUUUAAGUUUUAAUCAGUUAUUACUAUUAUUAAAUUUUGUUUCAAGAGAAAUUGUGAAUAUAUUUCCACACACAGGCACUAGCAACGCUGAGUGGUCCCAUUGUCCACUAACUCAGGCAAAAAAUGGCAUUUUGUCUCCCCAUGUGAUUGAUUUGCCAGGAAUUCUUUCUGCAAUCAUGUCUUUUCACAUAGUUUUUACAUUUCCAAUUUUCCAAAUAAUCUCACUUUGGGGCAAGAAUGACAUAGUCACAACUAUGGAGACUGCUUUCAAAAGUGGGGCUCCAGUCUGCCAGGUCAACUUGGUGCUGUCGCUGUCUUUUUAUCCCUCCUUCCAGAGCCUCCCCGCGUGAAGCCGGUCAUUGUCCACUGGAAGGUGUGUGAAGGCAACACUUUCUUCUGGUUUUAUGCAUUUGUAGACUAUGCAGCUUUUCAUCAAACUGCAAAUACAUACAAGAUGAAUCUAAAGUUAGUCCUGAGUGUUUAAAUCCGUCACUGUAAAAGUAAACACAAAUCCACCUACCUUUUCUGUGGGAAAUUAUGUGCUUUUGAAUAAUUUUUAGCUCUUUUUAAAAAAUGAGCAAAAUUUUAAAGUGUCAUUUUUAUGCGGAAAGGCGCCUAAAGAGUUAUGAAAGCAAUCUCAUGUCGUCUUCCCUGAACCUGCGCCUGUUGAGUGUGCUCCAGUGCUUUCUAGUUUCCAUUCUGGAUCUAGAGCUUCUGUUGGGUCCCUCAGGCAUACUAAUGGAUUCAUGCAAAUGGGUCCCAGCUGCAGUCCAAGAGCAAUAAGAGACUACCCCAGGUACUGCUCUCUACACAGGGCUUAUUUACCAAAUGAGAUUUGUGAGACACUAAGCUAUUAGUUACCAAGGACUUUUUAAAAGUCUUCUUUUUGACUAGUUGAUGUGAAAGAGAGAGCAUGUGACACAGCCAGUAUGCUGGAGUCCUAGGGUUAUCCUGUUUACAAUAAAUCGCCUGAAUUAAAA